GCCUCUCCAUUGGCCCGUUCCGGCUUCCGCAGAUCGUGGUGGCGCGCGGCCGGUUGGUGAGAGAUUCCAGCAUGUUUGAGCCUCUGAGAUGGCUACGCGAGCCUCCCCGUCACCUGCUGGUGUGCGAGCGAAGCCAUGUGCGCCAUGAGCGCUCCCGCCACACGGCGCACGUGCGGGACCACGCCUUCAACUGCCGAGUAUCCUUUUUGAUCCCCGAUUGUGGAAUACCUCCAGAAGCACUAAAAAGUGCAGCUGCAGAUGUUGGGGAGUACUAUCUGCUGAAGAAUUUAUCCCUUCAUGAGUUUGUUACACAGGAAUUUAUUAACACGUUUGUUAAAAAAGGUUCAUGUUAUGCUCUUACUUACAAUACAAGGAUUGACCAAGACAAUACUGCUGCUCUGCUACCGACAGGCAAAUUGAUUAUAUCAGUGAACAAGGAUACUUAUGAAGAACUUGGACUGCAAGGGCAUCCAUCGCUGUAUUCUGGUAAAAAGCCAAUGAGAUACAUUAUUACUGUUGAUUUGACUGAUUCAGCCUUCAGUCCUGAUAGUAAGAAACAUAAAAGAGUAAUAUGGGCCUUGAAAGAGAAAAAGCCACUAGAGUUUGAUUUCCUGCUGGCUUGGCACCACACAGGAUCAGAAGAAUCAACAUUGAUGUCAUACUUUUCCAAAUACCAAAUACAGGCGCAUCGGCCAAAAAUAACAUUCAGCACAUUAAGAAAUGUUCAGUGUCCGGUGCUGGAGAAUAAUAAACUGCAAGGAGAGCCAGAAUCCGCAUGCAGUGCACAAGAAUUCUUUGAAUGGCUAGGUGCCAUUUGCAGUCAUGUUGGCUUAGACAACACAUCCUCUAGUUUCUUAUCAACUUAUUCAUGCCCUCAGCCAAGCACACUAGUAGAACAAGCUUUGUUGUGUACAAUUACUGGCUUUAUACUUCCAGAGAAGAUAAUUCAGUUAUUGGAGCAAAUAUGUUGCUAUUUUGAAGAACCAAAGCUGGCUCAUUGGGUAUCUCUGAUUGUGCAUGGCUUUGCUGACAGCCCUGUUUCCUGGAGAGAAAGUGAACAUGGUUUCCUGAAGGGGGGAGAAAAUUUAUACAACUUUGUAAUUUUUAGGAGCCUGGACUACUGGCUUCAAAUGGCAGUUGGAACUUAUGAUGACUGUCCUUAAGUUUAUGACCACUGAAGACAUCCAAAGAUGUUAUAUUCAGUAGAUGUUCUUGUGAACUCCUUUUUUAAAAAAAGUAGUUGACAUUUGUUCCCUAUCAGAGAGCAGAACUUACAAAUUGGAAAUAUAUUUUAAAUGGUCUAAAAA